AUUUAUUUUAAAAUUUGUAGCCUAAUCUCUAUACUCGAAAAUACAUCGAUAUACCUCAGUGUAUAAGUAUUUAUGCGAAAUAUAACGCAGUAGACUUAAAAACGUCAUAGUCGAAGCGAAAAGAAAGUAGUCUUCAGUCUGACUCUGCACUUAACUGACGUGCGUGAGAUGGAGUCGUUGAAUUUAGUACUUUGGACCCUCAUUAUUGGGGCACUGGGUGUCCUACUAUUUCUCUUCUUCAAAGUAAAUUUUUGGAAACGAAAAAAAAUUCCUCACCUUAAACCUGUUCUGCUAUUUGGCAAUACUGCUCCAAUUUUUUUUCAAACGAAACCUAUUGGUCAAUUUGUCGCUGAUCUUUAUAAUAGUUUUCCAAAUGCUAAAUAUUUCGGAAUGAUGGACAUUCACAAACCAGUGGCGGUUAUUCGUGAUCCCGAAUUAAUCAAGGAAAUUUGUGUGAAAAAUUUUGAAAAUUUCAUCGAUCAUCAAUCGUUUAUCGAUGAAACAAUGGAUCCUAUUUUUGGGAAAAAUGUAUUUUCCCUAAAAGGUGAGCGUUGGAGGGAAAUAAGAAAUACACUAAGUCCAGCGUUUACGGUAACAAAAAUGAAAUUUAUGUUUGAAUUAAUUGAAAAGUGUGCUGAAAAUUUUGUGCAAUAUUAUUUAAAACAUCCAAAAGAAACGGAAUUAAUUGAAUCUGAGGACGUAUUUAUGAGAUAUACCAAUGACGUAAUUGCAACGAGUGCAUUUGGAAUAAGUGUUGACUCUCUAAAAGAUAGAAAUAAUGAAUUUUAUCAACGAGGUAAAGAUGCCACGUCAUUUGGUAAAGGAUUGCGUGCUUUUAAAAUUUUAAUUUUUCGUAUUUGUCCACAAUUUAUGAAAUUAAUUGGCGAACCAUUUCUAUCACGAUCUACUGAUCAAUUUUUUAAGAGAAUCAUUCGUGAAACUGUGAAAAUUCGAGAGGAAAAGAAAAUCAUUAGACCUGAUAUGAUUCACUUACUAAUGGAAGCCAGAGACAAAAACAAUGGUGUUGAAUUAACAAUCGAUGAUAUUAUUGCUCAAUGUUUUGUUUUUAUUUUGGCAGGCUUUGACACAACUACAACGGCAAUGUGUUUUAUUGCUCAUGAAUUGGCAAUGAAUUCUGAAAUUCAGGACAAAUUACGCAAGGAGAUUGACAGUUUUAUAAAAAAUAAAGAGGAAAAAAUAACCUACGAAACUCUAUCAAAAAUGAAAUAUCUCGAUAUGGUUAUUUCGGAAGGAUUAAGAAAAUAUCCACCAGGACCAUUUGCAGACAGAGUAUGCAUUAAAAAAUAUACUUUACCAAAAGCAACAGCAGACAGCGAAGAAUAUACAGCUGAGGCAAAAUCUGUUAUUUGGAUUCCCAUUCAAGGACUUCAUUACGAUUCGAAAUAUUAUCCCGAUCCUGACAAAUUUGACCCGGAAAGAUUUAACGAUGAAAAUAAGGAGAAAAUUCAUCCCUAUGCGUAUUUACCAUUUGGUGUUGGUCCAAGAAAAUGCAUUGCCAAUAGGUUUGCAUUAAUGGAAAUAAAAGUUUUGUUCGUUUAUAUUUUGAAGAAUUUCAUUUUGGAAAAGUGUGCGAAAACAAAACAUCCAAUAGAAUUUCAAAAGGGUUUUACUGUUGCUGCCAAAGGUGGUUUAUGGUUUAAAUUAAUAAAAAGAAAUAACUGAACAAAAAAAGAAAUUUUUUUUGUAAUUAUUAUUUUAAUUACCAGUGUCGUUUGAUAGGAAAGCAGUAUUAAAUUGUCAAAGGCUUUGAAUGCGAUUGAAAAAAAGGCUUUAAAAAAACAAAAGUUUAUGCUUGAGUUUAUCAAUCGUUCGUCUUUAAAUAAUAAGAUGUAAAGAUAACGUUACUUUGAGUCAAGGAAAAAAAAGAAAACAUUCGCAACAGUAAAAUGUACAACUCUCAUUAUGGAGUUUUAUCUCUAUGAUAAUAUUUAAUAAUAACAAUAAUAAUAAUAAAUAAUAGUAAUAAAAAUAAUAAAUAAUAUAAUAUUUUAAUUAAUAAUUAAAUUAUUUUUAUUCUUUGAGAUUGAUUUUUCAUAUAACUGAAAUAUUAUGUUUUUAGCCUUGAGCUAAUAUUGAUCAGAAUUAAUCCAAUAUUUAGCCAAUCGUCAGACUUGGUAAUUUCCCA